CAACUCUCCAAAACUCAGAGCUGAGGGGACAUAAGCAAGUCUCAUAUCUUCCAUUGUCUUCUUGGCUCUGCUUCCCUUAUCUCUCUCAGAGCAAUCAGCUCUCCUAUCAAAUAAAAAAUAAACCUACUAGGGGAAAAAGAAGAAAAGGGAAGCUAAGCUAAGGUCAAUCAUGUCAGGCGAUGGGAAAAAAAAGAGGAUGACGGUGAUUGCCGUCUCUUCCUUAGUUCUGGUAGCCAUGGUGGUCGGAGUUGCCGUCACCGUUACCCGCAACAACACAACCUCAAGCAACAAAGCUGCAGAGCCUCAGAUAACCGGUUCCAUGAAGGCAAUCAGGGCCAUAUGUCAACCCACAGAUUUCAAGGAGACCUGCGAGCAAAGUCUAUCAUCAGCUAACACCACCGACCCAAAAGAGCUGGUGAAGGUGGGUUUCCAAACGGCCAUGACCCAUAUCACUGAAGCCGUCAAGAAAUCUACUACACUUCGUGAACUUGAGAAGGAUAAAUUUUCUGCUCAAGCUCUUGAGAACUGCAAGGAAUUGAUGGACUAUGCUAUUGACGACCUCCAGAAGUCUUUUGAUGAACUGGGCGCGUUUGAUAUGAGCAAGAUGGAUGAUUUUCUGGAGAACAUCAAGAUCUGGCUCAGUGCUGCUCUUACCUAUCAGGAAACAUGUGUUGAUGGCUUCAAGAACAACACUGACAGUGCCGCAGAGUCCAUGAGGAAGGCAUUGAAGUCCGCCGGUGAAAUUACCCGUAACGGUCUAGCUAUCGUUGGUGAAAUCUCUACUAUUCUUACCUCCUUACAAAUCCCAUUUAGCCGUCGUCUCCUCUCCGACGAACCAAAGCUCACCGAGGAUGGUUUCCCGCUGUGGGCAUCGUCUGAGAAACGUAGACUACUUGCACUACCCAAGCACUUGGUUAAGGCCGAUGUGGUUGUUGCUAAGGACGGCAGCGGCCAGUACAAGACAAUCAAUGAUGCUCUCAAGAAUAUCCCUCCAUUGAAAGUGAGAAACAGUAACCCUAAAGUGAACAACGUCACUUAUGUCAUCCAUAUCAAGGCCGGAAUCUACAAUGAAAUAGUUCAUGUCCUAAAGGACAUGGCUCACGUCAUGUUCAUGGGAGAUGGACCUCUUAAGACAAAGAUCACCGGAAACAAAAACUUCAUUGAUGGCACCCCCACCUUUACUACUGCUACGGUUGCCGUUGUAGGAUCUGGUUUCAUGGCCAGGGAUAUUGGUUUUGAGAACUCAGCCGGAGCUGCUAAGCAUCAGGCCGUGGCACUGAGGGUGUCAUCUGAUAUGUCAGUCUUCUACAACUGCAAAAUGGAUGCCUACCAAGAUACCCUUUACGCCCACGCCGGCCGCCAGCUCUACAGCAACUGCGUGGUGAGUGGAACCAUCGAUUUCAUCUUCGGCAACGCAGCUGUUUUGUUCCAGAAAUCGACGAUGGUUGUGAGGAAGCCACUGGAUAACCAACAGAACAUUGUGACAGCUCAGGGAAGGAAGGAUAGCCGUGAACCCACAGGAAUCGUCCUUCAGGAUUGCACCAUUAAGGCCGACCCAUCGUUGGUACCAUUCAUGGUAAAGAACCCAUCUUACCUUGGUCGACCAUGGAAGGAGUUUUCCAGAACCAUCAUCGCCAAUACCUAUAUUGAGAACGUGAUCAGACCUGAAGGGUGGCUCCCAUGGGCAGGUGACUUUGGUCUCAAGACUUGCUUCUAUGCCGAGUACAAAAACAAAGGUCCUGGUUCCAAUCUUGCUAAUAGGGUCAAGUGGCCUGGGAUCAAGACUCCCACAUUCACCCAUGAACAAGCUCUGCCAUUCUCUGCUGAUAAAUUCAUCAGUGCUCAAUCGUGGCUUCCCCGCACCGGAGUGCCCUUCAUUCCCAGCAUCUAGGCUUUGUAAAAGUAAACAAUGGAGUAAUUUAAACUUGAAUUAUAUAUUAUCUGUAAUUUGCCUGGGAAACCCUAGUUAAGGAUUCUUUUUCUUGAUUUUCCCCUCUUUUUUUUUUUCUUUUUUUUCCUACUUUCUGUUGUGAUUUCCAUCAACAGUUAACAUAAUAUUACUUUUAAUAAAGGAUUUAAGAAAGAAAAACGAAGGGUUGAGCAAUUAAACCA